CCAGCGAAAGGAAAUAUUAAAUAGAGCAAUAUAAACACGGCUGGGGAGCCGGCUCCACCCCGACCCCGUAGAAAGGGACAGCCCUGGGGUGCGGCGAGCAGAGCGCGGGCAGCAUGGAGAAGAGCGGCUACGGCAUGGCCAAGUUCGGGCUGGAGAGCAAACAGGUGAUGCCCAAAAGGGACUGCGCCUUCUACAUGCGCUACGUCUUCCUCUUCACCUCCCUCAUCCAGUUCCUCAUCAUCCUGGGGUUGGUGCUCUUCAUGGUGUACGGCAACGCGCACGCCGGCACCGAUAAGCACGUCCAGCUGCUGGAUGGGCAGCUGCAGGAGCACUACCAUAAAAUCAUCAGCCUGAGCGGCCGGAACGCCAACCUGACACGCACCCUGAACGCCACGCUGAAGGCCAACCAAGGGCUGCAGGGGCAGCUGCAGAAGGUGCAGGGGCAGCUGGAGAAGUGCAACAGCAGCCAGGCCCCCAACAGCACCCCCAGGCUGGAGGAGAUCAGCAGGACCAUCUUCUUCCAAAACUAUAACUUGGAGAAGUGCUACAUGGCCAUCAACAUCAUCAACACCAGCUGCACCGCCGACAAGGCGCAGCUGCAGCGGCAGCUGGAGACGGCAACGCAGCAGAGGAAGGAGCUGGGGCAGAGCUGCAGCACGGCCGAAACAGCUCUGGGUAAGGCCAGGCAGGAGCAGGAACGCUGCCAGCAGGAGCUGAAAGCCACGGGCGCGCUCUGCGGCACCACCAAGGCGCAGCUGGAGCACCUGAGGGGCGAAUGCGACACGCUGCGCUCCAACGUGCUGUACAACCUGCGCACCAUGAGCAUGAGCAACAAGAACUUCGGCUGCAGCCAGGUGGAGGAUCAGCUGCGGCUGCUGAUGCAUCGCAUCGAGGAGCUCUUCUCCAGGCAGCAGAAGCACGAGAGCGACUACGUGGGGAAGAGCGUCUGCGACUUGACGCUGCAGCAGUGCCACCUCAACUGCUCCCACGAGAGGCAGGAGCUGGGCAGGAGGCUGCAGGAGGCGAGGCAGCAGCUGCAGGGCAGCCAGGAGGAGCAGAGGAAGCUGCUGGCAGAGAAGGAGCGGCUCAGCAAGGAGCUGGGAGAGAAGAGCAAAGCCGCCGCGCAAGCCAACUACUUCAGCGAGCAGCUCAACAUCUGCAUGAGCUCCAAGGUGGGCACCUACUACACCGCCCCACGGGUGCCAGGCAGUGCUGUGGGCAGCGUGCGGCCAGGCCCCUUCCCCAGCACCUAUGCGGAUGCGCUGCAGAAUCAGGAUAAAAUCAAUACGGAGGAGAUCCAGAAGGUGGUGCAGAACGUGAUAGAGCAGUACACGGCCAUGAUGAGGAACCCCAGCGGGUAGCAGGAGGAGAGCCGUGGUGAGGGGCUGGAGGACAGCAGGACGAGCCCGGAGCGGCGCUUCCCACAGCACGGAUGGAAAACCCCAACCAGGAGUGAGCGAGGAACGAGUCCCACCCGACCCCCCCCCCCUUCCCCAAACCCCCAAC